AUGUGGUCGCGAAAGCAGUCCGUGUGCAGUGCAGUAAGCGGAGCCUCUAAAGGUGAUGAACCUCUGUCGACUGGAGUUCAGACGUACCCCUUUGCAGUGGCCUUGAGGGUUAGAGUUUUGCAGAUUGUCUGUGGAAUUGGCGGGCUAGUAGUGGGCGCAGUUGGUUGGCUGGAAGAAAAACAAAAGCCAGCACUUGGAUUGGGCGUGCCAGCGGGAGCAAUAACUGUCAUUGCCGCAACGACAUCAGUUUACUUCAGUCGAGGAUUUGGAGGUUGGAACUCGGCGCGAUCAGGAACUACCAGAAAUUGGGGAACCCCCUGGAGAGUUUUGGGCCCAGCGCCAUGUGCUGCAGUUCCUUUAACAACUUUAUGGACUGUCGCAGUUGGGGCACAUAUAGCGAUGCUCGCAUUCUGUAUACGAUCGCUAAUGAAUAUAGGGUGCAAUAGUACAACUUGCAUAGGAGUUGCAGUAGCUCAACUGGUAGUGUCGGUCAGCACUCUUGCAGCUGCCGUUUACAUGCUGCAACUUGACCUGCGUUUUGAUGCCGCACUAACACCGCCUCGAUCAUCCGACGCGCACAUCUGCACAGGUGUAUCUAUGGUACCAUUAACAUCUGUAGCAGUUAACAGUGGCAACAGUGGCGAUGGCGGUGAGACAGCAGGCAGUCCUCUGGCAAAGGAAAAGAACCCCAAGUCACAACAGCUUGAUCCUCCUACUUGA